GAAGCGACUUUCAUAGUAGAGAAAAAUUUAAAUCGUUACCAGCAAAAGCAACAUCAUUCAGCUACUGACUGUGACCAAGAACGAAAGUCGAAACAUCGUUUGGGUUCCAGUGCUCAAAAGUACAAAUUUCCUCUCUAGAAGACUGCAACUGGGUGCAACCGCUGACCUCAAAUUGACCCACGGGAAACACUAACAAGCAGGGUUGAAAAUGGCUAUCACGAUUGCAACCGUAGUCACCACACCGUUCGAGGGCCAAAAACCGGGUACCAGUGGACUUCGUAAAAAGGUUAAAGUGUUCACGGAGAAGAACUACACCGAGAACUUCGUACAAUGUAUCCUGGAUGCGAAUGGGUCGGCUCUGGCCGGGUCAACAUUGGUGGUGGGUGGAGAUGGGCGGUAUUUUUGUCGGGAGGCCUGUGAGUUGAUCGUAAGGAUUUGUGCUGCCAAUGGGGUCGCGAGGAUUUUGGCAGGGCAGAAUGGAAUUUUGUCUACCCCAGCUGUUUCGAGUUUGAUUCGGAGGCAUAAGGCUCUGGGAGGGAUUGUGCUGACGGCUUCGCAUAAUCCUGGUGGUCCCGAGAAUGAUUUCGGUAUCAAGUUCAACUGCGAGAACGGAGGACCGGCACCGGAUCAGUUUACCAAUAAGAUUUACGCUUUGUCGGGUCAGAUCAAAGAAUACAAAAUUGCCGAGGGUUUGGCCAUUGAUGUGACGAAGGUUGGAGUUAGCAACUUCGAAGUCAACGGUAAACCUUUUGUCGUCGAGGUGAUUGACUCGGUGGCUGAUUAUGUUCGAUUGAUGAAGGAAAUUUUCGAUUUCGAUAAGUUGAAGGAUUUCGUGAGCGGAAAGUCUCGGGGUGGCCAGGCCUUGAAGAUGAGGAUUGAUUCUAUGAACGGAGUUACUGGAAGUUAUGUUAACGAAAUUUUCGUCAAUUGUUUGGGUGCCUCUAAGGAUGGUGUGGUUCAUACGACUCCACUGCCAGAUUUCGGAGGUCUCCAUCCGGAUCCCAAUCUCACCUAUGCUAAGGAUUUGGUUGAUGCCGUUAGGAAGGGCGAUUACGAUAUUGGCGCAGCCUUCGAUGGAGAUGGCGAUCGUAACAUGAUCAUUGGUCGCAAUGCCUUUUUCGUAACUCCGAGCGAUUCGUUGGCCGUCAUUGCUCAUUACCUCGAAUGCAUUCCGUACUUUAAGAAGAACGGUGUCACCGGAUUGGCUCGUAGUAUGCCAACAGCUUCGGCUGUCGAUUUGGUAGCCAAGGCUUUGAAUAAGGAACUCUUCGAGGUACCAACCGGCUGGAAGUAUUUCGGCAAUUUGAUGGAUGCCGGCCGCUUGUGUCUGUGCGGCGAGGAAAGUUUCGGCACCGGUUCCGACCAUAUCCGAGAAAAGGACGGUAUCUGGGCAGUGCUAGCCUGGUUCUCGGUCAUGGCUCACACUGGUAAGAGUGUCGAGGACAUUUGCGUGGAGCACUGGAAGCGAUAUGGCCGAAACUAUUUCACUCGGUACGACUACGAGGAAUGCGAUCUGGCCCCUUGCAACGAAAUGAUGGCCACCCUCGAAAAGACCAUCACCGAUCCCAGUUUCGUGGGUAAGGAAUUUUCUGCCGGUGGCAAGACCUACAAAGUAAAGUUGGGAGAUAACUUUAGCUACAACGACCCCAUCGAUAAAUCCGUUUCCACUAAACAGGGUCUCCGCAUUGUGUUCUCGGACGGAAGUCGGGUGGUGAUGCGUCUCAGCGGAACCGGAAGUUCCGGAGCCACCGUUCGGCUGUACAUCGAUUCGUACGAACGCGAUAACGUGUUGGGUCAGGCGGCCGAAAUGUUGAAACCCCUGAUCGACAUCGCCCUGGAAAUUUCCAAACUGCCCACCUUCACCGGUCGCAACGCUCCGACCGUUAUCACGUAAACGCUAGGAAAAUAUUGCUUGAAAGUUUAUUUAGAGUUAAUGAAAGUCGUCAUCGUCGUUUGUCGCCAUUCGCAAAACAUCCGUACCUAGGUGUUCCUAUGUAGGUGACACUAACAAAACCGUUAUCAGCUAAUUCUGAGCCACAAUGAUUGUGAUUUUGUUUUCACAGAUUAGCGGUAUAAAGUCAUAUAGACAAUGUUGAAUCAGUCGUUUGGCCCGGCGAUAACGAAGCUGGGAAAUGUUUAUGUAGAAUUGCAAAAACAAUUUUGUUUGUGUUAUUUUUAUACUUUCAUCAUGAUAGUUCAAGUGCGAUACAUAGCUUAGCUGUUUUUUCUUCUUUCGUUUCCUGAGUGCAUGACAUGCAUUUUGUUUUGAUAUUAUUAGCUUUAUGUUGAACAAAAAAAAAAUAAACCAAAAUUAGUCGGAAUAAAGUCAAAAUGUUUAAACAUA